AGAUAACUCACUGAAAAUGUUGGGACAGUGUGCAACUGCAAUAAAACAAGCCAAUGCUAUGCUGCGGAUUAUUAGUCUGGAGAUGAACUGUAGUUCUGGCAGGGUCCCCAGGUCCCACCUGGAGGUUGGCAUUCUUUUAGUCUAGCCUAUUCGACUGGGUUGUUAUGAAUGAAAAUACGGGAUAGCUCCAACACUGAGCUCCUUGGAUAAUGGAUGGGCUAUAAUUGUGACCAGUGGAAAUGAGAGAGAAAUUAAAAAUGCUGGAAAUAAAGUGAGGACAUCACAGAUUUGUCCAGGUGAUCGCCCUGUAUCUCAAGAGUAUCAGCAGCCUCUGACAAACUCCUAAGGAAAAGAGGGCCUUUCCCUAUUGGCUAGAACAGCCACACAGGAAAUCCUUUGAGGCACUUAAGAGAUUGGUAACAAUACCUUCUGAAGCGAACGCUGACAGACCGUCUCCCAGGUGAUGCCGAAUCCGUAGAGUUUCGGCCAAGACCCUGAAGGGGGUUCUGUGUUCUCAAAGGGAUGCUGCUGAGCUGCCACCACAGAGGGAAGAAAAAUGGAAAGAAAUGCUUUUGCAGAAGGGAACUAACUCCAUGGAAGCCUUGAAAACUUUGCCUCACUGCACGCCAUGUCUGAAAGUUCCUCAGGUCUGAACACCAGCUGUCUUAGAUUCAGUGCCUCCCAUUCAUCCCCCUGCUCUGAUCUAAGUGAUUCCGAAAUCCCUUUGCCGGUGCUAUCAUCAAGGAACAGAGAGCUUCUCCAACACAGCCGUGAUUCCGGCAUUGCCUCUCCACUUCCAUCAGAUACAUUCAAAUAUCUUACCUGGCAUGAAUUAGAAGAACAUGAUGUUCAAGGGAGUCAAAUCCGUUGCCCCCGCGUGAGAGAAGGGCCUUCUGCAGAAGACUGUUUUUUCAGAAGAAAACAUCACAUUCACUAUGCGAGGAAGCAUGUGACAGAAAAAGAGAAGUGGGAAAAAAGGUUGCAGGAGAACUGGGAAGACUGUACAAGCUUAAACCUUUCAUAUCAGGAUCUGGGUGAUCUUUACCAGGUGGAAAAUUUUAAAAGGAUUCUCCGGCGAUUGAUUCGAGUGGAGAGGCUUUGGUUGGUAGACAACUCAUUGACGGAUCUGAGUGCCAUAUGCUUGCCAAGAUGCAAAGAACUGAAACUCAACAAAAAUCAUUUUACAUCCUUCAAACAGCUGCCAAAGAUACCUGAGAUUCAACACCUGUCCCUAGAAGAAAACAAUAUUGAAAGUCUACAUGGGUUGUCAGGCCUAAGAGGCACUCCACUAGAAUCUCUUGUUCUCAGGAGGAACCCCUGUGAGUUUCAUGAAAACUACAGGCAGCUCAUGUUCUCCAAAUUGCCAAACCUGAAGAUGCUGGAUGGGAUUCCCAAACUGCCAGAGGACUGUCCUUCAACACAAACCAGUUUUCUGUCUAAAAUAUGCACCAUACUAUAGCAUUGCAUUAUGUGAUGAAAUUGAAGGACUUGUCAUGAUUAAUGGAAUAAAUCUUAUGAAUGCAAA